GUUGAAUUUUGGACAAACGCACCUGAUCCUGAAAAAGAUUGCAACACCCUUAAAAAUCUAUAUGAAGAUGGGUUUUUAAAUAUAUCACAACAAACUUCUUCAGAUAAGAUAAAUUUAUCAUUACAAACUUUAUCUGAUAAGACAUUGUGGGAUUGUUUUCAUAAUAGUUAUAGCACAAAUCCUAGAAGAAUAGACAGAAAAGUUCGUAUACUGUCAAUUAUUGCAGAUAGUUUUAAAUAUCAAACAUUAAGAAAUGAACUAGAA